AUGUUAAAAUAUGCUCUGAGUUUCCUGCUGGUUUAUGAGGAUGAGGUGGAACUCCAGAUGUUUGGGGAAGCUGCUGAUUGGUGGAUGGUGUGUUGGUGGGUGGCACAACUGUGCAUAGUAGGCGUGUCAGUAGAAGGAAUCCCACCUUGGCCCUGCCCUCAGAAUUGUAUGUGCUUACAUGAGUCUCUCAAGGUCAACUGUUCCUCAAGUCAUUUAAACUCUGUUCCAGAGGGCAUCCAUAAAGACACACAAAGCCUAAUUCUGGCCAGUAAUCUCCUUAAGUCACUUGGAAAACAUCAGUUCUCUGACCUGGAACAGCUUCAGGAACUGGAUUUGAGUGAAAACAUGCUGUCAGUGAUUGAAGUGCAAGCAUUCUCUGGCCUUCAAAACCUUCUCAUUCUGAGGAUUUCCCAAAAUCGGCUUAAGAUCAUUCUAGUCGGAGUGUUCUCUGGACUUCAGAAUCUCCGUCUGCUUGACAUCAGCAAGAAUGAAAUCCUUGUCUUUCUCAAUGACAUGUUUUUUGAGAUGCCGUCUCUACAGACGUUGGAAGUGAAUGAGAAUGAUCUUGUGUUCAUCUCAAACCGUGCCUUCACUGGCCUAAUAUACCUUCAGGAACUUAACCUGGAUGGCUAUAACCUUACUUCAGUCCCAACUGAGGCACUAUCGCAGCUUCCCAGGCUGGUGCGGCUCCGUUUCUGUCACACCGGUAUCACAGUGCUACCCAACAAUUCAUUUAGGACUCUGACUCAACUCAGGGAGCUGACAGUGUCACACUGGUACAGGCUGAAUACACUCUUACCUAAUAGCUUGAAUGGACUCAACCUCACCUCUCUGACACUCAGCCACUGCAAUCUGAGCUCUGUGCCCUAUGCUUCUUUGCAUCAUCUGGUCUAUCUACUCUACUUGGACCUGUCGUACAACCCUAUCACCUCCAUCCAGCCAAAUUUGCUCAGAGACCUUCUAUGGCUGCAAGAAUUCCAUUUGGUUGGUGGGAAUCUGCAGAGGGUGGAACCAGGUGCUUUCCGUGGCCUUGUUCAUGUUUGGCUAGUCAAUGUAUCAUUAAAUCAGUUGUCAACACUGGAAGAAACUGUGUUCCAAUCAGUAGGGUCACUUCAGGUACUUCGGCUGGAUGGGAACCCGCUUGCUUGUGACUGCAGACUAUUUUGGGUACUCCAACGACAUCUGCAUCUAAAUGCUGAUGGGCAGCCACCUAGCUGUGCCUCACCUGUAGAGGUGCAAGGUAGAACGUUCCAGGAGUUCAUGGAGUCUGAGCUUCCAGUGUUGUUUAUUUGUAAACCAGCACGUAUUCUAAACCGCAAGCCACAGAAAUUGCAUGUGAACGAGGGCCAAACAGUCUUGUUCCUUUGCCAAGUGGAUGGAGACCCCUCCCCCUCUGUCAUCUGGGUGAGCCCUCAGAGGACACUUCUGUCCACCACAGGUCGGAUUCAUGUGCUGUCCAAUGGAACCCUUGAGGUUCGUUAUGUCCAAGUGCAAGACAGUGGCACCUACUACUGCUUUGCAUCCAAUGUGGCAGGGAAUGACACUAUGUCUGUCAGUCUGUGGGUGCGAAGUUUUGUCAAUUCCUCAUCUCAGAACCGCUCUGCCCAAUUCUUUCUUGAUGGGUGGAGUUUUACGUCCACCCAUCCACCAGUAAACGGCUCGUAUGAUUCUCAGCCAUUUCCAUUUGACUUGAAGACACUGUUGGUUGCAGUAACAAUGGGCUUCCUGUCAUUCCUGAGCUCUGUGGUGGUUUGCUUUAUAUUCAUGUUCUUCUGGAGUCAGAGCAGAGGGCAGAUCAAACACACAGCCACAAUUGAUUUUGUACCUCACAGUACAGGAGGAGGAACUGGGGGAGGACGGACCAGAAUGGAGACUGGCAGGUUUACCAUGAAGCUCAUCUGA